GAUGUCAUCAUUGACGGAAGUUAAAUUUACUACUUAAUUGGGGCCUUUCUGAGUUCGGAAAGACAUUCAAUCGGUUCGAUUUCAUCCUUCAAGCUGACACUUUGCCGAAACCUGCCAAAAUGAAGUGCACUUUUAUUCUCACAAUCACCUUUGCAUACUUAUGUUCGUAUAUAAAUGGACAAAUUGUACCAAUUGGAACAACGACCCCUCCCUUUAGGGGUAAUGGUGUUGGUGGCGUCGGUGGAGGCACCGGUGUCAAUGGUGUAGGUGGAAACAACAAUGGAGGAACCGGUGGAGCUCCAGACUAUGGAUAUGGUGCAUCUGUAUUUCCAUAUCCAACGUAUCAACCUGGUAGCUCUAAUGGUAACGAUGAUAAUUCCGUCGAAGAUUCAACGACAGUCAACCCUAACGGUAACGGUGCUAAUGGACCAAAUGCACAAAAAGCUAUGAGCGGUGGUGGACAAUUCGCACUUGGUUUCGUUGCUGUUUUAUUCGUCGUCGGUUGUGCUGUUCUUCUAGUAUUCCUCGUACGCCGCAAACGAGCCCAGGCUAUGAAAGAUUCAACCCGAGCCCAAGCUUCAGCAUAGAAUAUUAUUUAAAAACAGAAGAAAUUCUGCUAUUAUUUCAAUUAGAAGUUAUUCAAAGAAUUAUGAGUAAAAAGUCUACAAAUUUAUAUUGUACAUCAAUUUACAAAUAGGCAGGCCUAUUUGUGAAGGCUUUAGUGUUGUUAUCGAGUCAUAGUUUUAUAAAUAAUACUAAAUCAAAAACAAAAAUUCUGUAUGUAUUUUAUAGUAAAAUUGUAGAAGAAAUGAUAGUAGCAUACUAUUUGCAUUUGUGUAUUUGAACAGAUAUUUUGUUCAAUGUAUUUGAUUAUAGAUUACUAAGACGCUGCAAAUGUUUUUGAAUUUUAAAAAUGUAACGAAGUAGGUUACAAAUCAACGGAAAAUCGAAGAAUCCAAUGUUCAGACAUUCGCUGAUUUACGUUUCUUUAUAAAUGUUAAGCUGUUUGUCAAUUAACUGUUUAAAGAAACAGAAAUAUAUUUUAAAUUCGUUACUUUAAAUGAAUGGUUUUGUCAGUAACAAGGUAAUUAUUUUUAUAUCCGUUACUUUAAAUCACUUACUUUUAAAUAGCGACAUUGAUUAUAUUCUUAAAUGUAAGUGUUUUAAGAAACAAAUAUAAAAAUAUAAAAUAUAUUUUUAAAUUUAACUGCUUUAAGAAUGAAACAUGAGAAGUACUGAAUGUAUUUUAAAAUUCAACUGUUUUAAAGGAAUCUAUUCUAAAAUUAAUUUUGUAAUUUUGCAAAGUUGAUAGAAAUGGAUGUGGUAGCAGGAAAUCGGAAAUUAAUGACUAGUUCCCACAUUCUGAAAGUUAGUGACUCAUCGGCUUCCUGAUUAAGAAAAGAACGUGCAUUAUAAUUCAACUUACUUUACCAUUAAACGAACUUCCACGUUACGUAA